UUCCAAGCAAGCUGUUUGAAAGAGGAAAUGAUUGUGGCAAAGCCAAAAAGAGAGACUGAUAGUGAUACCAGUUGUCAGAGUACAUGGAAUAUUCUGUUGCUUCUGCCUGUCUUCUGCUAGAAGUUCUUUGAGCAGGAAGAAAUACUUUAUUUGUGAAUGGAUUUCUGUUUAUAUAGCCUGGUUUCAAACAUGGCUGUAGAAAAUAUAUAUUAUACUUUAGGAAAUGAAUUUACCAUCUGGUCAACUUGCAUUUUGAAAGGAUGUUCAGGCUUUAUCAUAUAUCCCUUAACUUUGAUAGUAAUUCUGAUAAUUUUAUAUUAUCCCAUUAUGGUUGCAAUGUUUCUAAUGUUUUUCUACAAUGCAAUACUUUUUGUAUGGAAAAAAAUUGGCAAUCUGCCAGAUGAUAUGGACAGCAAAAAAUGGGACAAACCAAAGCGAUUUUUGACACUGGCAGCUAAGUGGCAUGGAAAAAUACUCCACAGUUAUGAGGUUUCUGGAGUAGAAAAUUUACCAAAAGAACCAUCGAUCAUUGUUUAUUACCAUGGAGCCUUCCCAAUGGACCAUUAUUUUUUUGUCCACAAGAUUUAUCGACUUACUGGGAAAUUCAUAUGUUCUGUGGUAGAUCGUAUUUUUUUUACUAUACCAGGAAUAAAUCUGAUCCUUGCACUCCAUUACACUUAUUAUCCUACAAGAGAAAAGAGUAUAAACCUUCUGAAAGAAGGGCACCAGCUGAUAGUUGCACCAGGAGGACUACGAGAGCAGAACUAUGGAAAUAACCAUUACAAACUAAUAUGGAGAAAACGGAAAGGAUUUGCUCAUAUAGCUAUAAAUGCAAAAGUGCCAAUCGUUCCUAUGUUUACACAAAAUAUUAGAGAAGGAUAUAUUACAUAUGGGAAUACAAGACCAAUGAGAUGGUUACAUGAGCGAAUGCGAUGGUUCACCUUUCCAUUAUAUGGAAUGUUUCCAGUUAAACUUAUAACCCAUAUUGGAAAACCAAUUCCAUAUGAUCCAGAUGUAACUGCUGAAAAAUUAGCUGAAAAAACUCAAAAGGCAAUAGAGGCUUUACAGAAAAAACACCAGAAAAUCCCAGGAAGCAUAUUGCAUGCUCUUAGGCAACGCUUUGAGAUAUAUAACAAAGAAAAACAGUGAUAUAUCAACAAUAAUCUCUGUUGAUAACAUAUAUGUAGGCUUAGAUAAUAUAUGUGUAUGUGUAGUUUUCUGUUCCCCGAGGCACUUUCGUUAAAAUAAAAGAGGCAAGAUUGAGAUGGGGAAUAAUAUAUAUUUAUUUCAAUGUGUUUAAAUCCCCAACAUCAGAUUAAAUUUUGUUUCAAAAUAUGAAAGCAUUACAUGAAAAUCAUUCCACACUCUUAUGAAUUAUGUUUGAAUAAUCCUGGUCACAUCACACUUGUUGAAGAGAUUAGUUGAAGAGAUCACCAUUGCCCAGGAGAUGCCCAUUGGGGGCUCAUUCAUGUUUCUGGUCUCAAAUGCAGGCUUACUAACCUCCAGUCCAGUGCCCUAACCAUGAGAACCACUGUUUUGCAAGAAAUUCUAGUGAACUGCAAAGGAGAGCUACUGUUAUUCCUAUCUUCAAAAAGGAAGAAAAGGAAAAUGCAAGAAAUAUAAACCAAUCACUCUGACUUCUGGAAAUUUUUAGACUACAUACUGUGAACAUAAAGAGAUUUAUUAUUCAACAUAACUACAAGAAACCUGGCUUGUCUUAUUUUUUUCAGACAGUAGACUGUAAGAAUUUUGUAAAGAUAAUUUAUAU